AUGGCCGACUCCUCCUCCACGCCCGAAUCAACAAACACCUCAUCAGACUCAACCCAAUCCCCCAAACCCCCUCCCUCCCUAAUAAAAAAACCCCUCACCUCCCUCGACAUCCUCUCCCCACCCUCCACCACCCCCUCCCUCAAACCCCCCAAAUGCCCCACAGCCCUCUUCCUCGAAUCCCUCCACCACCACAUCGUCUCCGCCCUCAACGCCCGGGACUUCGAGAACCCCCUCCUAACUACCCACCUCUCCCCGAACAUGGCCGCUUACAUGGAAUUUACAUCCUCCCCCUACGUCACCACCCGCGAAGCCUUCAUCAACCGCUACCGCACGCUCGUCGCCGAGAAUGUCAACUACCGUUUUGAAUUGGCUGAGGUGGAGGCGAGCGUGGAUGAGGCGAAGGGAAAGGCGUUGGUGUGGUUUAAGUUGAGGAUUUGGGGCCAUCCGGAGGGCGUGGAGAGGGAGGGGGUGUAUGUGAAUAUGUGGAAGAGGAUUAGGGGCCAGUGGAUUUGUGAGAGGCAGAAUGGGGUGAGGGGGGUUAAGGUGGGCGAGGGGAUUGAGUGA